AUGGAAGAGUCUGAGGGCAGUGCAAGUGGGAACCACAGUUCCAGUGGAUCACCAAUCACCAACAUGGCUCAGGACUACCUCUUAACAAUUCUCCUCCUUCUCCCCAUAGAUGCAAUUCUCUCCCUUUCCAUGACUUGCAAGAGAUUCAGGUCUCUCACUUCCUCACACACUCUAUGGAAAUCUUUGUGCAAAAGGGACUUAGGUUCCACUUGCGUUGAGGCACUAAUAAACUCCUCCAACUAUCACCACCAUCAGUUCCCAUGGAUGAGGCUCUACAGGCAAGUCUCUCUGAUGGAUUCAGUUUGUUGUCAUAAAAUUCUGUCAGAGCCACAUGCAGAUUUGGAUUUCCCCACAGCCAGAGCCUCUCACUCUCUCAACUUUGUCUCGGAUUGUCUAGUCUUGUUUGGUGGCGGCUGUGAGGGAGGACGACAUCUUGAUGACACGAGGGUGGCAUACAUUGGCAAUGAUUUCCGGAGAAUGUUGAAAUGGCAAACAGUCCAUGCAGGCAUUCCGAGUGGGAGAUUUGGGCAUACAUGUGUGGAAAUGGGUGAUUAUCUUGUUCUCUUUGGAGGAAUCAAUGACCGUGGCAACCGUCAAAACGAUACAUGGUUGGGGCAAGUUGUGCUGAAUGAAAACAAAGGCAUAUCAUUUUCAUGGAAAAUGCUUGAAGUGGGAAAUGUUGCACCACCCCCAAGAGGAGCUCAUGGUGCAUGUUGUAUUGAUGAAAAGAAAAUGAUAAUCCAUGGAGGUAUUGGGCUUCAGGGCCUCCGUUUGGGGGACACAUGGGUCUUGGAGUUGUCAGAUAGUCCCUGCCAUGGCACUUGGCAUGAGAUUGUGUUACACCCUUCACCUCCACCACGUUCAGGACACAGCUUGACAUGCAUUGGCAGAAGCAGGACAAUACUAUUUGGAGGUAGAGGUAUGGGUUAUGAGGUACUUGAUGAUGUUUGGUUAUUGGAUUCAUAUCAAGGUUAUCUCAAAUGGGUUCAAAUAGUUUAUGAUUUGCAAAGCAUACCAGGUGGUGUUUCCCUCCCUAGAGUUGGUCACACAGCAACUUUGGUUUUGGGGAGCAGGUUGCUAAUUUAUGGAGGAGAAGACUCAUGUAGACACAGGAAAGAUGAUUUUUGGGUGUUGGAUAUCAGUGCCAUUCCUUACCCUUGCAUCACUCGGCAGCAUCCAACCACAGUGAGCUCCAAGAAAGUCUCAGUGACAAGAAUGUGGAAAAGGUGGAAAUCAAGUGGUUUUGAGGCAAAAGCUAGAUCAUUCCACCGUGCUUGUGCAGACCAAUCAGGGCGUUAUCUGUAUGUAUUUGGUGGAAUGGUGGAUGCUUUUCUUCAGCCUGUUCAGACUUCUGGACUAGGGUUUGAUGGGGAGCUUUUUCUUGUGGAGCUCGUGCUUCAGAUCUAG